AUGAAGGCUUUAAUUCUUGUUGGCGGCUUCGGCACCCGUCUUCGACCUCUCACUCUCACCCUCCCCAAGCCCCUUGUUGAAUUCUGCAACCGGCCCAUGAUUCUCCAUCAGAUUGAGGCCCUCGCCGAGGCCGGCGUCACGGACAUUGUCCUGGCCGUCAACUACCGGCCCGAGGUUAUGGAGGAGCGCCUUGCCCAGUACGGAAAGGAGUACGGUGUCAAUAUCACCUUCUCCAUCGAGAAUGAGCCCCUUGACACUGCCGGUCCUCUCAAGCUUGCCGAAAAGACCCUCGCCAAGGAUGACGAGCCCUUCUUUGUCCUCAACUCCGAUGUGAUUUGCGACUUCCCCUUCAAGGAUCUUGCUGAGUUCCACAAGAGCCAUGGAAAGGAAGGUACCAUUGUUGUCACCAAGGUUGAGGAGCCUUCCAAGUACGGUGUCGUUGUUCACAAGCCUGGCCACGCCUCCCUCAUCGACCGCUUUGUCGAGAAGCCCGUCGAGUUUGUCGGCAACCGAAUCAACGCCGGCAUGUAUAUCCUCAAUACCUCGGUCCUUGACAGGAUUGAGCUCCGUCCUACCUCGAUCGAGAAGGAAGUCUUCCCCGCUAUGGUGAACGACGGCCACCUCCACUCCUUUGACCUGGACGGUUUCUGGAUGGAUGUCGGUCAGCCCAAGGACUUCCUCACUGCUUCUCACGCCCCCUCGGAGUCGUACGUCCACGGCGGCAACGUCUUGAUUGACCCCUCCGCCAAGAUUGGCAAAGAUUGCCGUAUCGGUCCCAAUGUCACCAUUGGUCCCGGUGUUGUUGUUGGCGACGGCGUAAGGCUCCAACGCUGUGUCCUCCUCCGAGGAUCCAAGGUCAAGGACCAUGCCUGGGUCAAGAGCACGAUUGUUGGCUGGAACAGCACGGUCGGCAAGUGGGCCCGUCUUGAGAACGUAACUGUUCUCGGCGAUGACGUUACCAUUGGCGACGAGAUCUACGUUAACGGUGGCAGCGUCCUCCCCACAAGUCGAUCAAGGCCAACGUCGAUGUCCCCGCCAUCAUCAUGUAAACUGUCUCGUGCGCGCAGCUUCAUGGUGCAAUGA